CUAUAGUCAACUUCUCUAAAGUCUGUACAUUCUUAUUUACGUCAUAUCGUCAGAAGCUGCCAAGUUGGAACGAUAUUAUGACACUAAUGCGCAGAAAAUAAAUUGAACAAUGAACAUUUUAAACGCACUGCGAUACGUUUUUUUAUCACGAACAAUUUAUUUUAUUUGUUCGUAAAAUUGUGUUUUUAUUUCUCGUUUAGCGCCAAAAAUGUCGGUGGAGAUUAUAGUCCCAUGACGUUACCGACACCAGAGGAUUCAACUGCUUCGUGGUUAGACCGGUGAAUUUUUCGUAGGCCGAGGACAGUUAUCAAGCCACCGAUUUCCUUGACGAAGCGUCGCGUAUACUUCACGACGAAGAGGACUUCUCCGACGCAUGUCACGAUCGGCUACGAUCUGAAUAUAAACAAUGGAAAAGAAUUCCUCACUUAAGCAAACAUUCGUAAACACAAUUAUAGAAACAACCAGUGGCGACGAACUUGGGGUUCAAGUCUGGUCAAGGCCAGGCGAAAUUUUUAGUGGAGUAAUUGGAAAACGAAUUGAAUAUUCAUGUGAAAAGACUCUGGAGGACGAUAAACAAAGUUGCCAGGUUGACAGUAGACCAUCAACCGCUAACAACAGGGAUCUAGAUUUACUGCGCAAUCAAGUUAUAAAGAUCAUGACGGAAACUUUAUGGCAACGAAUAUUAGACAAAACUAGCAUCAAAAGUGUAUGCCAAAGGCAAUCUGUGUUAGAAUCACGACGAAAUUCUUCCGGUCGAAUAGAGUCUGCGUUAAUUGUUUCGUCGAUACUGCCGGCUAACAGACCGUCAAUAAUGUUUAAGUCCCGAUCGAAUUUAGAAACUGUUAACAAAACCUGCAGUGGACUUGUAUGCCAACAGAAAAAUAACAAAGAAUAUAGAAAAAAACCAUGGCCAAAAAGCAACGUCAAUAUUUUACCACCUAUCGAAACACAUCAAAUGAAUACAGUGGACAAAAAGAAACGCUGGUUUUCGGCCGUUAGCACACCUGGUAGGAACCACGCAUUACCGAGACCAGUGACUUCGGUUGCAACUCACGUCAACACUUCGAUAAACGUGUGUUUUGGCAUAUCUAUCGACGGCAAGAGCAUCAAAAGCUUGAAGAAAAAAGGUUACUGUUCCCCGUCGUGAUUAUGCAGCGGACGUAAAAAUAUGCCGCGAUCGCGUUUACCUUCGAAAAACUAUUAUACCUAUACGUUUAAAAAAAAAAUUUGUUUAAAAAAAUAAUAAAGGAAACAUAUUUUUAUCUAUA